AUGAUGAACCAGCUGCCGUCCUUCCUGCAGCCUGCCGUCCGCAAACCCCGAUAUUCAAUUCGACCAUUUUAUACCUCACUGUUAGUGUUUGCACUUAUUGCAACAGCGAAGUUCCUCUUCACUGGUACUACAAACGAACACGCGCAGGUUGCGCAACCGGGUACAGGGCCAUAUGGGCACCUGUUCAAACGAGAGGGCGAACUUGAGUGCCGCUUGGUCCGCAACGUGAAAGAUCAAUGUGCCUACGUCCGCGCCAACUGCCCCGAUCACGAAGAUGGCCUAAUCUCGUACCUUCAAUUUUACUAUUGCGGUCUGGCCGACGCGAAACCGGUAGCAUUCAUUAUAUUGAUACUCUGGCUAUCACUGCUCUUCAGUACCAUCGGUAUUGCGGCAAGCGAUUUCCUAUGUAUUGAUCUAAGUACAUUGGCCAGCAUUCUAGGAUUGAGCGAGAGCCUCACAGGCGUGACAUUUCUUGCAUUUGGCAAUGGAAGCCCUGACGUAUUUUCCACUUUCGCCGCCAUGCGGUCGAAUAGUGGGAGCUUGGCGAUUGGUGAGUUGAUCGGCGCGGCGACUUUCAUCACCUCGGUUGUCGCGGGCUCUAUGGCUUUGGUUCGGCCAUUCAAGGUCGCGCGAAGGAGUUUUGUCCGAGAUGUGGGCUACUUUGUAGUUGCCGUCGUUUUCAGCAUGUUUAUGUUGGCCGAUGGGAAACUCCAUGUAUGGGAGUCAGCUGCGAUGGUAUGCUUGUACGCCUUCUAUGUUGUAAUGGUGGUGACCUGGCACUGGUAUCUGGUACGACAACGCCGAAAGAAUGAGAGAGACCUUGCAGCGCGAGCUCACUUCCAUAUACCGGAGAACCAAGAGCUGGAGAUCGAAGAGGCCGCUGAGGACGAUGAUCCUGGUGUAGCGUCAGAGUCACGAAGUCUUCUUCGCGGUGCCUCAACUGAAGAUUUUGAUCUUCUGGAGCGCGCAGAGGUUGUUCCUCUGUGGAAAAAGGAAGAUGAUGAGGACGAUGAAACGCGCAACCGGUACUUGGCUGAAAUCCGUGAUAACAUGCACGUUUAUCGGCCAGUGAAAUCGAGGCGUAACACGAUGAACCCCAUUCGACCGAGUCUUGUUGGUGCAUUGGAGUUUCAAUCGGUUCUUCACUCACUGCAGAAAUCAAGAAGCAGCCGUCGCAAUCCGACAAUAAGCCUGAACAGCUAUUCGGACGACGGUGACUCCGAUUUCGACAGGCGCUCGGUGGCAUCGCACCCUCGCGUCAGUCGACCAUCUGCUACUAAUGACCGCUUAUCGCCGUCCAGUGCAGCAGGUUCCUCUCGCGUUCGAGCUGUGUCGGCGAACGAUGCCGUUGGGUUAAAAUUUGACUCCAGUGUCUUGGAGCCCUCGCCAAAACAAGGCCCACUGCUCACAGUGAGCAGACCUUCUCUUGAGGAUACUUCGGGACAAGAAGCCUUGGACUCACGCCAGCUCCCUCGAAUUGACACCGGGAUGGCACUAGACGUGUCUUCUGCGAAUCGGUCGCCGAGUCUGAGUCCAGGUACCACAAGUCCUCAAACUCCCGACCGGCUCGCUCCAUCGGACGCUUUUAACCCCCCUCAUUACCACCACGGAGCUACGAAUGAACGGCCCUCGAUGUCAGUAUCUCCCAGGGGCACCGCAACCCGGGCUCAUUCAGGCUUCGGGCUAGAAAGUCCUUCAGUGCCCUUCCCAUCGUAUACUGAUAUACCAUCCAUGCCAUCCUCACGACCACCUAGCAUUCGACUUCCAAAUUCAGUUAGCCCGUUAGAACGGUUACAAAUUCACGAAGGAUAUGAUGAUUUCGCUCAUGUAGGCCUCCCUUUCCGCAAAUACCUGAGGAAUUGGUGGCCUGACUCGAUCCCCCCUCCCCAGCAGAUUGGUUGCACGCUAUUCCCGACCUUGGCAGGCUGGAAGUCUAAAAAUGUCUGGGAACGCCUGCUCGGUAUUGUAGCAGCUCCCAGUGUGCUGCUUCUUACCAUAACGGUUCCAGUCGUUGAGCCGGAGGCAGCAGGGUCUGUGGAACCGGACCCCAUACCCUCGGUGAUCAUUGAGGACGUCAACGAUGAAGGGAAUCCCUCCCCGAGAGUUAGACUUCCAGCCGAUAGUCCAGUGAUUGUGGCUCAGACACAUGAGUAUGCCGGAUCAGUUUCCAACUUGCCGCCAACGCACCCCCAUCGAAAGUCCUCGUAUGAACAAACCGGUCGCCCGCGAUGGGACUCGGAACUCCCCGCAGUGCCAGCGCCAGGUUCUUCUUCUAUGGAUCCUGCACCAGCAAAGGACUGGAAUCGCUGGCUGAUUUCCAUCCAGCUUUUCACAGGUCCCUUUUUUGCCGUGCUCAUCGCCUGGACGACCAUGGACGAAGAUCGUGAGCUGAGCAACCUCGUUCUUCCCUCUCUCGUCUCCUUAUUAUUCUCCUGCGUCUGUCUCACUGUCCUGAUAAUAAGCACCCGUCGUCAAAAAAACCACCGACGCCCCGGUGCAGAUAUCUCCCUUCCGCUCCUCCCCGACGAAUCCCAACCCAACAAAGGCACUCUUCCACCGCCAUGGCGGCCGUUCCUCUCCCUGCUUGGCUUCUUCGUGGCCAUAGCGUGGAUUGCGACGAUCGCCACAGAAGUAGUCUCCCUCCUCAAGACCAUGGGUGUCAUCCUCAACAUCUCCGAUUCCCUACUCGGAUUGACCAUUUUCGCCGUCGGGAACUCGCUCGGCGAUCUGGUCGCUGACAUCACAGUCGCUCGACUCGGGUAUCCGGUCAUGGCUCUGAGUGCCUGUUUCGGUGGUCCCAUGCUCAAUAUCCUCCUCGGUAUUGGGCUUGGUGGUAUGUAUAUGACCAUCAAUGGCGGGAGCCGGAGAAACAACGAGGCGCUACAGGAUGUCACCCCUGUGCAAGUCCCCUAUGAGAUCGUCAUCUCUAAGGUGCUUGUUAUCAGUGGCGCGACACUUUUGAUUAUCUUGGCUGGGCUCUUAAUUGUUGUUCCUCUGAACAAUUGGAGAAUGGAUCGCAGGAUUGGCUGGGGUCUUAUCGCUGUUUGGUGUAUCAGUACCCUGGGUAAUGUGAUUGCGGAGGUUAUCUUGUGA